AUGGGGCGUCCGCUGACACGUGUCUCUCUCUUGAGAUCUGGUUUUGCUGCAUACAUAGUGGUCGCUCAAAUAACGUCAGCAAUCCAGGGAUUGGCUGCGGCAGCUGACGGUGCGCCGGUGACCUGGAAAGAGGAUGCAAAGUCCCUGACGUUGGACAAUGGGCUGUUCCGGGUCACGUUCGCCAAGCCGCAGGGGUACGUUCUGAGCAUACGCUAUGGGCCCCCGUCCCAGCGGCCCGACAUUCUGCUUUCUGCGGCACGGCCCUCUUACUUCGACCUCAACUGGAGCCCACUUGGAACUGACACCGGGCCAUACGACGUUGUGUAUGCGACCACUUAUGCGAUCACGUCAGCAGCUACAGACACGUCAAAAGUUGAGGUCUCCUUUACAAGACCGUACGUGACUGGCGCCGUUCCCCUUACGCUCGAGACCCGGUACCUGCUGCGGCAGGGGAAUACGGGCCUGUACGUGUACCAUAAGCUGACGCACAACAAGGCGUGGCCGGACUUCCAGCUGCAACAGCUGCGGACGGUUUGGGACCUGGACCCGGGCUUCGACUACACGAUCCUGGCCGACGAUCGCCAGCGCAAGAUGCCGGGGCCGAACGAUCUGACGCCCGCCGUCAGUGCGGAUACCAGCAUCCCCGAAGCGCGCGUGCUGACGCAACCGAAGGAUCCUGCGUUCAAGGGCGAGAUCAACGACAAGUACCAUUACAGUGCGGAUGUCAAGGACCUGAGCGUCCUCGGUUGGACCCGCAACUCGUCGACCGGAUUUUGGAUCAUUUCCGGGAGCGAGGAGUAUAUCGGGGGGGGACCCACCAAGCAGGACCUCACAGUACAGGUCUUCCCCCUCAUCCUGAAGAUGCUCCACUCGCGCCACUACGGGACGCCAGCUGUCGCCAUCCAGGGGGAGGACUGGUCCAAAAUCUACGGCCCAUAUUUGAUCUACGUCAACGCGGCGCCUAGUAAUGCGGCGCUGUGGGCGGACGCUAGAGCGCGCGCUGCGAACGAGACGAAGACCUGGCCCUACCUAGGUCUUUUCACCGACCCGUCGUUUCCGGGCCCAAGGACACGUGUCCGCGGCACGCUCGUUCUCGCUGACCCGACCAACCCCGGGGCAAAAGCAGCCGGUGCGUUUGUGGGCCUAGCGGCCCCUGGGGAUGACGCAAAUUGCUGGCAAGAUGACGUCAGGGGGUACCAGUUUUGGACGCGCGCGGAUGCCAACGGCUCAUUCGUGCUGCCCUCAGUUCGCCCGGGCACUUACAGCGUCUACGCUUUUGUGCCGGGCGUCUUUGGGAACUUUCAGUCCGGGCAGCUGAUCGCCGUGAACGCCAGCAUCCCAACGCUGCUUUUGGGCGACCUGACGUUUACGCCUCCGCGCCUGGGGCCCACUCUUUGGGAGAUUGGUGUUCCGGAUAGAAGCGCAGGCGAGUUUUUCGUCCCGAAGCCCAACAAGCUGAACCUGCAGUACCCGUAUAAUGCGACGAACCCAAACCGCUACCGCGACUACGGGGUUUGGGAUGCCUACGCGGCCACUUACCCCGUUCAAGAUCUCGUCUAUCAGGUGGGCGUCAGCAGCCACUCUAAGGACUGGUUCUUCGUCCAGCCCGUGCGGCUGGUUCCGACCGGUACGAACGUUCCGACCGUCUGGCGGAUUGACUUUCCGCUCAACUCCUUCGCGCCGGCCGCCCUCCAAAGCAGCCGGGUCGCGGCCGCGCCCGCGGCCGGGGGUUUCGUGCUGCGCGUCGGCGUCGCGGCCGCGCAGCAGGCCGCGCUCGUGGUCGCCGUGAACGACCCCGGGUUUGUUAACCCGGUGUUCGACUCCGGGGUUAUCGGCCAGGAUAACGCGCUCGCGCGCGCGGGCGCGCACGGGGACUACGACGAGCUGGAAGUUCUCAUAGCGGGCGGGUUGCUACGGCCCGGUGGGAAUUCGCUCUUUCUCAAGCAGAGGAGGAGCGACUACGGGUUCGCGCACAUCAUGUAUGAUUACCUGAGGUUAGAGGGGCCGGUUUCCGGGUUAAGCCUAACACCCGGUACGAAGUCCCCGGUCGCCGCGCCGCGCCGCGCGCCGCCUCCGCCUGGCAACGGCCCCGAGGUGCCACGUCAGGCGCCACCUGGAAGCAUGUCCUCGUCUGCGCCGACGAACAUACGCUAUGGGGCAGAUGGGUUGGGGAUGUGUCUGCUUAUUGGGUUGGUCUGCAUCUUAGCAAGUUGGCUGUGA